AUGCGUCUUCAAGUGUGCCACAUGCUGCUUGCGGCCUUGCAUCUCACCCAUGCCGCCGUCUUCCCCCGCGUGAACCUGGCCAACCGCCGCGCUCUUCUGCCAAACGACCAUGACGCGCGGGCUGUCGCGGACGGAAGCAACCCAAUGAUCAUCAGGGAGACGGUCACCAUCCGAGAGGGAUGCACAGCGACGGUGGAGAAGCGACAGGAUGACAGCGGCAUUCCCGCCGAUGCUUUUGAGGGGCUUCGCGUGUCAUUCGUCACCGAGACCGUGACCGCGUCCCAGACCCAGGAGCGUGCGACGGAGACUGUGACGGUCAAGGGCGACACCGUCACGGAAACCAAGGAAGCAGUCACUGUGACACACGUAGGGGAGUCGGCUCAGACCGCUGAGCCUGCUGAACCCGCUGCGCCUGCUGAACCCGCUGCGCCUGCGGAGCAGUCACCCGUCGUGAGCAAGGGCGCAACAAUCACCGCGCCAGGGUGCCUCGAGACCCCAGCGGCUGGUGAACCAGCGAGCUCCCAGACACCCGCGAGUCCCGGGGGCGCGUCGGAUGCUGUUGAAGGAGGGGAUAAGGGCAUUGUGAUUGUGCCGCUUGACGAGUCAAACGUGUCGAGGACGACGUUGACGUUUGAUCCUCUCGCCACGUCCGAACCUGGUGCGAGUCUCGAGGCUAGCACGGGUCUCGAAGCUGGUGAACCUCCCGCUUCCGAGUUGCCUCUAUCAACGUCAGUGUCUGAAGAAGGGGGAGGGGCACCUCCUGUCACAGUGGUCCCGGCGCCGGCGGCCCCUGAGUCCACCCCCGAAUCAACAACCCUUGCUUCCACCACUGAGCCAACAACCAUUGCGUCCACCACUGAGCCAACAACACUUGCGUCCACCACUGAGCCAACAACACUUGCGUCCACCACUGAGCCAACAACACUUGCGUCCACCACUGAGUCAGAGACUAUCGUGGAGACGGAGGCGCCCGUCGCAAGUGAACCCCCCACGGCUGAGAAGCCUGCAGAGAGCGGAUCGUCGGGUGGCAUGUCGGGUGGAGGGAAUGAACAGGAGCAGGACCAAAGUGACGGCGGCAGCAACAACCUGCCUGACCCGUCGGCCCCGGCUGACGAGGCAAACCAGGGAGAAGAAGUCCAGCUGCCCCCCAUCGACCUCUCGACAUUCAGUCUGGAGAGUCAGCUCGACCUGGGUGGGUUGGUUCGGCGGACGGCGGCUCCAGAACCAAGUCAGACGUAG